GGCCUCCACACGCUCUACUGCCACCCACACACGCUCCACCACCCUCACACCACCGCCCCUUCACCCAGUAUAUGCAUCCCAUCCACAUCGAUUGCUUCCAUUCAUCUAUCUCAACCUGACAAGGAUUUUUUUCUUCAUCCUUUCUGUUGUUUUAUGAUAAUUGAGUGUGUGUCCCUCUCAGGGUCAUCAGAAGCUACUGGCAUUGAGGGCACUGAGUUUGUCCUGUCUGAGGCUGGGGACGUGACGUGGAGCGUGACGGACAGCUGUGACUCCCUGCCACUCUUCUCCUGUCAGAUGUAUGAGGUGUACACUUACCAGAACCUGCAGUGCUAUGGCAACCGCACCCUCCUUCGCUUUGCUGCCUACAAUGGACACAUCAUUGAGUUUAGGCUGGACCAACCAGUGAUGUCUCGGGACCUGAUGCUGCUCACUUAUGAUGGAUGGUUUAUGUUGCAGUGUGAGAAGCUGGGGGUUCCGGAUGUGUCCCCCGACCUGCCCUACUCCCUGCUGCCGGCUCUCAAUGACGGCUACUUCUCAGACAUCACCAUCACUGCCAAGUCAGGAAGGAAGUUUGAGGUCCACAGCAUCAUUCUGCAGUCCAGCGUGCCAGACAUAGAGUGGAGAUGCCUGGAGGGAAUGGAGGACCCAGCACUUGAAACUGUCCUCCACUAUCUGUACACUCGAUGCUUGCCUUCCACCCUCACCCCAGAGACUGCCCAGCGCACCCUGGAUGCCACCGCUCACCUUGUCCCUGCCCUCACAGACCUCAGGGAGAAGUGUGAGAUCUUUAUUAGAAACACAGCUCUUAGAAACAGGCUGGUGUCGCUGAUGGAGGAAGUGCAAGAGUGUGUGGAGGUGAUGGUACAGAUCUUCAACCCAGCAGAUCCAGCAGCCACCAGCCCCACACACCUCAUCUCAGUCCUCAAGGCAGCGCUCAGACAGAUGGCGAUUGGUGUGGUGAAGGUGGUGGAGCUGAGCCAGGAGUUUGAGCGGUGUGGGUGGCGGCUGACACAGAGCGAGCAGCACGAGGUGAUGCGCUACACACGUUCCCGACUGCCACCCCUCCUGGUAACGGUGGUGCGGCUCCUAGGCAAUGUACGGGCUUCCCUGGUGGCUCUCAAUCAUCACAAGCGGCAGCAGUUGGCUCAGCAGCUGGUUCCUGAGAUCAGUGCGGUGCUGCAGACAGUGUGUGUGGAUGUGGGUUCCCUGCGGACAAGCCUGGAACACAUCAUCCAGGCCUCCUCCACCUCCCUCGAGUCCUCACAUUCCCCGACCCACCUCCUCGCCAAGUCCCUCAGAAAUGAUCUCCACCUUCGCGAACUGCAGAAGUUGAGAAUCCUGCAGGAGAACUUAACCUCCUUCCUGAACUCCCUGGUGCACAAGAGGGAGCAGUUUGAGGAGAUGGGGGGUGGGGCACGGGUUCGGGGGGUGGCCAGGAUUAUCAAUCACUUUACAGAGGAGCUGAUGGUGCUGACGCUGAGGCUGGAGGAGGUGGCUGUGGCUCUUGAGGACAUGCUGGAGUGGUCUGAGUUCAAGUUUGUGUUCAAGGGCGCCACCUCAAAAGUGGGGAGCAUUGUGGAGCGUCUGGUGGAGCAUCGAGGAGUGAUGGAGGCACUGGUGCUGGAGAUGGUGGAGCGUGUGGGGCACCCAGCCUUCACCACGUCCCUGCAGCACCUUGGACUCCUGGCACCCUCACAGCAUCCGUCAGCCGGAGAGUCUCCCUCACCUGUGGAUUUGAAGGGGCAAGCAGAGUUCCGGCCCUCCCCUGAGGACCCCAAUUCCCCAGGAGACUCGGAUAUCUUUGCUGACUCUGCCUCCCGCCCAUCCUGCCCCUUGGACCAGCUCAGCGGUGGUGGUGGGGGUGGUGGUAGUGGUGGUGGUCGACAGCAGCAAUCACUUCCACAGCCUCAGCAGCAUUCCUCCUCCAACAAUUCUUCGUCCUCCCAGUCUGAAGGGGACCCGCUCUCGGAUGAUCUCCCUAACUCCUUCUCUAAGCUCAGCUUGGUGCGGCGUGUGUGCGAGCCACCACCAUCACGCAGCAGUCCCCUCGCUCUCAAUGUGGCCCGCCUACUGACCUCACCCUUGCUCAGUGACAUGACCUUUGUGGUGGUGCCUCCUGCAGAUGACGAGACUUCACCUUCCUCCAGCCUUGAGGACCUGAACGCCAUUGAGGGGCAGGACGCCAGGCCAGUGAGAGGCGCCGCCAAGGACUCCUGCAGCAGUGACUGGCCAGAGCACUGCACGCCCCCCCACCCUGGCGCCCCACAGCCCUCCUGCAUCACUGCCACUACCACCACCACCACCGCCUCCACCUCUGCAAUGCCCAAGGUGUCUUCAAUUGUUGUCCGCAAGGUGAAGAAGUCCCUGAGCCUCGAUCACCGUCCAUCGGCGCGGGUGAGCCUGCCUUCCCACGCCUACAGCCUUGACUGUGAUGCUGUGAGCUGUGUCGGCGAUGGCGGGCUGCCCGACGCCUCGCCACGGACCAGGGAGAGCAGUGGUGACCGGGCCAACACCGACCCGGCCACUGCUGCGAUCUGUGAUGGUAGUGUUAAGUCAGUCCGGGGGGAGGAGGCAGUGGCCAGUGGGGCUGAGCGAGGCGGGAGAGGCAAGGCUGCACCGACCGCUCCUCACCCUGUGAACUGUGAUACUAGUGGUGGGGUGACAGACCUCUCCUCCAGGGUGACACACUCACUGUGCUUGGGCCAGGCAGUGCAGGCUGUCAGUGACUUUAAGGCCUCAGCGGGGACCAAGGAACUGCCUGUCGCUGCAGGGGGCAAGAGGCAGGUGGAGGAGGGGGGUGUAGGCAGAGAUGCAACCAGACAAUCAAAACACCUUGAGGAAACUCAGCCAAAACCUGGCGAGGGGGAAGUGCCAGCCACCAGCGGCAAGAGUGACAGGAAGGGAAGACUCACCAAGUCACCAAACAUUGUCAUAGAGGACAGCCUCACCCCCACCAAGCCCCCUGAGCCCCUCGUCUCCCCAGCGUCGAGGGGCCAGCGGGGUGACGGCUCAGCCUGGGAGGGUGUGGAGCUGCACGCACACCGGGUGGUGGUGGCAGCGCGCUGUGAGUGGUUCAGACGUGCCCUGCUCUCCGGCAUGAGGGAGGCCAUUGACAGGUGCAUUGUGGUACAUGGCUGCAGUGUCCACACCUUCCAAUUACUACUCCAGUUCCUCUACGCUGGCCACGUGGACUGUUCUGCUCUGCCGCCGGACCAGCUGGUGGAUCUCCUGGUGCUGGCGGAUCACUAUGGGGUUGAUGCACUGAAGCUGCUGGUGGAGUCUGGUCUGGAGCAGCAUGUUGAUGAUGAUUCUGUGGUGCCGUUGUUGACUGUGGCCCAUCAUUGUAAUGCUGCUCAUCUCAAGGAGGUGUGUGUGCAUCACUGCGUUGUGAGUGCUGUGGUGCUGGAAGGGGAGACACUCACCCAGCUGCCUGAAGACCUGCGGCACCACCUUACUCUGGCACUCGGCAAGCACAGGAAGUGGUGGACAGGAGCCAUAGGGGAGGAGGUGCUGGUGGGGGGUGAAGGUGUUGGGGGUGGGGAGGACAGCCCCCUCUCAGUCUCCUCCACUGAUCCUCUCAUUGAUGACCCAACCAGCCUGAUUCAUCCACUCCAGCAGUGUGGCAUGUAUGAGGACUCCACAGGUGAGGGCAGUGGUGGCAGUGGUGGUGGUGGCAGCAGCAGGCUGGAAGCAGUGGUUCAGCAGUUAAGAGAGGUGGUGGGUCAACAAGUCCCCCGCACCACUCUCAUUCAGAUCACACUUGCUGCUGAUUAUGACCUGAAUCGAGCCCUCAACUUCUUCUUCACCUCCUCCUCCUCCUCCUCCUCGUCCUCCUAGGUCAGGUCAGAGUUGUAGAUUCCUGGUGCCUGGUGUGGUAAUGUAAUGUGGUUUGGUCGGUUUUUUUCAUGUGAGAUCAUUGUUGGUAGUUAUAGUUUGUUAGCAUUAGUAGUAUUAGAGGUAGUGAUGUGUACAUAUUAGCGGUCAUUAUUAUUAUUAUUAUUAUUAUUAUUAUUAUUAUUAUUAUUAUUAUUAUUAUUAUUAUUAUUAUUAUUAUUAUUGUUAUUAUUUUGAUUGAUUUUAUUAUUAUCAGCAUUUUUAUCAUUAUCUUUAUAUACUAUUGUUAUUAUUAUUAUUAUUAUUAUUAUUAUUAUUAUUAUUAUUAUUAUUAUUAUUAUUAUUAUCAUCAUCAUUACUAUAAUCAAUAUUAUUAACCAUAACCAUUAAAGUUGCACUGAACAUAGUCACUUGUCUUAUCUUGCAUAUAAAGAUGAUACACACACACACACACACAAACACACACACACACACACACAAGACACCAAGAAAAGAAAAAGAAAAAUCUACUUAUUUUUUCUACUUUAAUGGAGAUCUACUUACACUGUUAUCAUUCCUGCGACAUUUUACCAGCAGGUUACCCAGUGCCCAUCAGCUCCUCACUGCACUAAUAAUACCACCACAGGGCAUCCAGGCAGCCCUAAUGGUGGUCAGCACAGGGGUGGCAGCAAAGGCAACACAGCUAAGAGAUAUCCUGAACCUUUCCCUAAUUUACAUUGUUAUCCCUUGAGUGAUGUGGUGCUAUUGACCCUGGAAAGCUGUGUUGUCCCUGCUGUCGCCCCUGUGAAGGCAUUUGGCAUUUGUUUUAGCUAUUUGGUGACCCCCUGUGAGCAUCCUUGGGUUCUCGGGGGUGUAUUGUGUCCCUGGAGAUAUUAGCGUGAUAUUCUGGUUGGUGCCGUGUGUGUGGGGUCGUGAGGGAGUCACGAAGUUGUGUUUUGGAGUUGCCUUCUCCCGUCACUCCCUGUUCCCUGCACUGCCUCUCUGUGGAUGGUCAUGGGUGUAGGGGGUGUAUGCAAAAGGGACAUGGUGUAUACAUUCUUGUUAGCCAUGCAUUGUUCACUGGCCAGCCCCGGGUCAGUGCAUGUGUGGACUUAGUGUAGUUUUCAUACAAGAGUAUUUUUCGGUAGAUAUACGCUUACCUGUAGUGACAUCUGCGCCUCUCCUGUCUGUCGGAUACUGUCUGUCUGUCUGUCUGUCUGUGGCCCCUCGUAGUGUGUGUCAGAUAGCCAGGAUGCGUCUGUCACCUCCUAGACUGUCCUUUGUUAUCAGUAUUUGUUGUGCUGUCCUGCUGUCAGUCUGUCUGCCAUGUGGGUUCAGACGGACUUUGUGGUGCCCCUUUCAAUCACGGGAAGGGAUGAAGUUGAAGCUGACUUUCAUGAUUACAAGUGAAGUGGCUUAGGAGUUGAUCUUCACACCAUUUGCUACCUUGAUACAGCUUAAGGUAUUGUGAGAAAGGAGAUAAAGUCUUGAAUAUUGUCAGCAUCUUAGACUGCUAGACUGAGCAGUUUUAGUGACAAUUCAGUGCUAGAGUGUUUAAUGGGAAGAUGUAAUCCCAUUGUGCUCAUAGAAGGGAUGUGAGAUGCGUUGAGGUACCAUAGUGUGAGAGGACGGAUAGAAAAGCAAGUAGCAAAGAGGAAUAGAAAGGUGUGCUGUAUUAAAAGGAGGCAUAGAGUGUAAGUGAAGCCUGGCUGGAACCAAAGAUGUAGUGUGAGGCAAAGAAUAUAUUUAUAGGAUCACACCUUGACUUACCAAAGAUCUUGCUUAAGGUUGUCAAUUAGUGAGCAGCAGUAGGAGAGGAACAUACAUAUAUAUCAUCACGUUUAUGUAGAUUUUUCUCCAUGGAAAUUCCUUUUCACCCUUUCACUGCUAUUUUGCAAGUUUUAAAUUAUUUACCUUUCUGAGACAUCUUUUCUAGUUCCACAACCACUUGCAAACAUUAUACUGCCUAAAGAUUGCAAGAUGUACUCUUUUUAUCCCUUCCUUUCUUUCAUAUGCACAUAAGCAUUCCAUAUAAUGCCUUUAGCACUAAACUGUUGUAUAUUGCAGUGAAAGGGUUGAAAGUUUAUGCUGUCCCAAUGAUAAUUUUCUGUGAUAGUAAAUACAUUCUGAAUCAGAGAACCAAAGGUAGUACAUUAAAAAAAUAAAACUGAUAUGAAGUCCUCCCUUGAACCAGAAUGAGUGAGUGGUUGGCAGGCACAGUGCUGGCCCUAAGACUGUACUGGGAGUCCUCGGUUUAUGGUAGUCUUAGUUAUCACCGUUUCGUGGUUACAAUGCUGACAAUGUUUGUUUCUGUACAUUCCACUCUGCUAUGUUUUUAUGUUACUGAUUCAUUUCAUUAUUGUAUGUCCUCUCCCUUUUUAUGGAUACAAUGAUUAUAUUUUCAUGCCCUAGAUUAUGACUUUUACAGUACUAUAGCAUUAGCAUUGGUGGUGAGAGAUAUACUGAGAACCACAAGAGUACCACUGAUAUUUGCAAGUGUAAGAUAUCCUUGACCCAGGCAGCUAGGAAAGGAGGGCAGAGAUGGCAGUAUGACAGCAUUUAUAUGUAGUAAUAACCAAACUAUUAAUCUGUCCAUAGUCUGAAGGUGUCUUUAUCGUUUCUUUUCCUCCCGUUUAGUGUAUGUAGAUGAAGAGCUAUUUUUUAUUUCCGUCAUUUAAGUGUGAGAUACAUAGAGGUGAUCCAUUUUUCCAUACUGUAGGCCAUACCAUAUCAGUCCCAUGCUCGACACGUUUAGAGUGCAAAGAGCCUCUUGGGCCGUAUUUUUACUAGCAUUUCCCUGAAGUGAUAGUCUUGCCCUCCUGCCUGCACACCUCACACCUCCACACAUAGCAAUCAAAGCACCUGUUGCCCCAUAUUUUUACUAGCAGAGUAUCACAUUUUUCGCUGGAGAAGCCAAAGCGGUACUAUCUAGAUAUGUAUAUGCUGUUUAUAUUUGUAUGUUUGUGACACUGUUGGGUCAAGGUACAGGAAUUUUGAGCAUCUGUACUGGGGCGUCUGAGCAGAGAGAGUGGGUGCUCUAAGCCGCGGUGUUUGUGCACGUAUUGUGUGCUUCUUCUCUUGGAUGUUGGCACAUACACACACACACACGCACACAUGGGGAUUUAUUUGCGGGGCAGUAUUUUGUGUGCCCAGGAACAGUGCAGGAAAGGUGGCAUUGUUACCUUGGUUGGUUGAACUACUUUUGAGUAUCACUGGAAAAGGAAGAACAUGACAAAUGACAGUGUGACAAGUGUGCUCACGAACAGUGCAGGAAAGGUGGCAUUUCUUUGGUGGAUCUACUUACAAGCAUCAUUAAAAUAAGGAGGGAAAGAGAAACAUGACUGAAAUGCAUAGCGUGCAUGAACAGUGUAAGAGAAGUGGCAUCAUUACCUUAGUCUAACUACCUGGGUGCAUCACUGAGAGAGGAGAGAAAGAAAAUUACUGAAAAAGAUGAAACUUAACCUUGAAAGACCUAAAAGGCUUCAGAGUAAAAAAUUAAUAAACAUUCAACAAUUUAAAAAGAACGAAAAUGCUGGAAAGAUGAAAUGUAACCUUUGACUGCUUAAAAAAAAGAGAAUUCUAAUUAAAGAUGAAGCAUAAAAAAAGUGUCCAAAAUAUUACUUGUGCUAAUCUAAGCUUCCAAAUAAGUGAUGUGGUGACUGAUAUUUUGGCACCACAGAAGCAUCAUCACUCAGUGCCACUUCAUGACGAGUGCCAAGAAUCUUCACUCUGCCAGACUUGAGGAUGUCACCAAUGCUUGCCUACACACUCCACUGCUGCUGCAAUCCAUGGCACUCAUCUGUCACUUGUAUCAUUCUGUUUGUGUGUGUGUGUGUGUGUGUGUGUGUGUGUGUGUGUGUGUGUGUGUGGCCUUUUUCUGUCAUUCAUCUAUUACUUGUAUUAUCCUCGUGUGUGUGUGUGUGUGUGUGUGUGUGUGUGUGUGUGUGUGUGUGUGUGUGUGUGUGUGUGUGUGUGUGUGCAGUAUUACCAGGACACUUAAGCACUCCACACAAGAGUAACAUUCCAUACAUACCCCCUGCCUGCCCAGCACUCGAAGACUGAUCAGAAGAGUCAUCUGGGCACCAACUUCAGUUUGUACGUUUCCUUCAUUUUGUUCAGCACUGUAUGUAGUUAAGUGGAACCUCUUUUUUUUUUCUUUUUAGGUGAGGAAUUGAUGAAAGCUUUAAUUCCAUCAUGUAUCAUAAGUUUCUAUGAUGUGGUGAUGUCAUGAUGGACUGAUGCCAAAGAUUGCUGUCAAUUUUUGCUGUAUUGAACCAACUGGUCAUGUCUAACAGUGGGAGAAUCUCACACACAAAGUCUGCUUUACUUGACUGAUGAGUUCUGUCUGAUAAAGCACAAAAUUCCUUUAUAAAUUCUGCUGUAUUUUGGUUCAUAUGUUCUGUCAUGUGAGUGCAAAAAAUUGUCACAGCUGCUUUAGUUAACUAACUGGUUCUGUCUGAUGAAGAAUUUAAACACUGUAUUAUUGGACUUGAACUAUUAAUUUAAGUUUAUUAUCAUAUUUGAGUAUGAAAAACUCAAUAGGAGGUCUAUUAAUUUACAUUUUGGUGUGGAAGUGGUCACAGUUAUGUAGAUUUGUAUUUUCCUGACUAAAACCUGAGUGUAAUGCAGGACAGUUUGAGGAUGAGUGGGUGUUGUAUGGUACAGGACUUGUGCACCUUACGGCUUGAUGUGUCUCACUGUUUGUAGGAUUGAGACUGGUGUGUAAGAUCAAGGUGAUCUUUUAGCAAGGGACAAACAAAGGUAGUCAUCUCCAUAUCAUCCUGUUAUGAAGCAUUCCCUCUCUCCAUGUUCUGUGUGUCAGUAGUGAGUGGAUACAUGUGUCAUCAGACUUUAUCAGCAUCUCCAUCAGCCUCCAUUUUCUUAAUCUAAAUGAGGUACAUGAACUGGAGACUUUUCAGUCUUUUUCCAAGGGUAAUCUCCAUUUUAAAAGUUACAUCUUUGGUCCAUGUUCUCAAACGAUUUGCCAUCUCGUCUUGACUCUUUUAACAGGCUUUUGUGGCAGUCAUCGUGGUUCUCAAGGGUGUUUUAAAAAUUCUAGUAAUAGUUUAACAUGAAUUCUGCAUCUUGAAUGAGGAAAACACUAUGAGAACCCGACAAAUCAUCCAUGUGGCCUUUAAAAUAGCAGUGGUGGGAGAACAAAAUGUUUCAGAAUAGGAGCCUUUAUGCCACAGCUUAUUGCCACAGACCAGACUAGCCCUUCCUCCCACAGCAUCCCAACCACUGCACACUUGUGGCCAUUGCACCACCACCUGUACAUACAGUCCCACCAGCUGUUACUCCACCUGUAGCACUCAGCCUCAGCAGCAGGUAAGCAGGCUGCUUGUCUGUCUGUCUGUCAGCCACACGUCAAUCUUCCUGUUGUUCCCGUUGUUCCGUUGUGUUCAAGUGUCUACUGUUGUUGCUCUUGUUUUCUAUCGUGCUGGUCCCCUAGGCAUCAUGGGGUGGGGUGAGGCCUCCACCUGCCGCUGCCCCCUGGCCGUGUGAUAAAAGGGACCCACUGUUUGACCUCAGCCACAGGAGCACACUGUCGAGGGUCAGGCACGAACUAGUGAGUGCCACAACCCUCCCAGCCUCCCUAGUAAGAUACAUUCCAGAUUGUUUUCUGCUCCGUGCGUUGAGAGGGGAACUGGCCCUGUCUGUCUCCCAUGCCUCAGUGAUAGGGUUAAGCCAGACAAUCAGACGAGAUGGUGGGGCAUUGGUGUAUUAUAAGGCGCUGGGAUGCGAGGGCCAGCUUUUCUCUCCCCCAUCAUUCAUUGUUUGAAUCUAGUGGAUUUAGUGCCGGUCGUGGUUGUCACAUGCAGUAAAACCUCACUCUAAUUAACUAUAACAUACCAGGAUCCACUUUUCACCUGCAAACUGGUGGCAUUUGUGGGAACAGGACAUUGCCUGCACACCAACACCACUGUACAUUUGAGCUGCAGGUGCACAGAUGACAUGUGCUAAUAUUUCAGUGAAAACACACACCAUGUGAAGGCGCAGGACUUAGCUGUACAUGGGCCUGCCUGUCUCCAUGCCAUGUUGUGCUUAGAGUGAGGUUUUCCUGCACUGUGAUGCCCCACACUGGCGUUGUCGCCCCCAGCAGACCACCGAGGGGCUGUGCCAGGCACCGACUGGCUUAGUCGUGCUGCUGUAAUGAGUAGACUGGCAUCAGUCCUCUAGGUCAAUGGUUCAUGCCAAAGAAUAAGAUAGUUUGCUGCGUCUCUGUCUCACUUCCUGGGUGGCCAUCUCUCCGCUGGUGAGAUUGUUGACUGGUUUGUGUUGUAUUGUUGAAUAUAAUUUUUUUACUGCUUCCUGUGUACCCUCAGAGUUAUGAGUGUUGAGUGCUGCCGCUAAUGGCUGUUUUCAUACUCAUUUUGGUUUGUUAGAUCAUUAAAAAUGAAGCCCAUGAAUAAAUAUUUUAAAAGUC